AUGAAGUGGACUUAUUUAACAGCACUGCUUGCUAUUGCCUCAGCGGCACAAAUUCCAUUUGAAUUACCCAAUGAAAACAACGCUUUCCCCUUUAGUGACAUUGAUAUCAAUGCUUUAUCCUGGAAAGACAGUUUUGCCUUGCACCAAGAAUGGACUAGGAAUAAAGUCAAGUAUGGCAAAACAAAGCUCUUGAGCAUGUAUUCAGAUUACAAGCAGAUGUUUAGUGCACCGAGAACUGACUUGACGUAUGGUUUGACAUCGAGUCCAACUCCAGAAUUGUUGGGAUUUGAUUCAGUUAAACAGCAUUCGGGUUAUUUCACCGUUGAAGAAGCUGGAAAAGAAUUCUUUUAUUGGUUUUUUGAAAGUCGCAAUGACCCGACUACUGAUCCGUUGAUUUUGUGGUUGUCGGGCGGUCCUGGAUGCUCCUCGAAUAUUGGCCUUGCAAUGGAAUUAGGUCCAUCGUUAAUUAAUGCAACCAUUGUGCCCGAGUUUAACCCAUACUCUUGGAAUGCAAAUGCAUCGUUGUUAUUCUUGGAUCAGCCUGCUAAUGUUGGAUUCUCAACUGGUGGGGCUAUUCCUUUUACCACAGAACAAGCAGCUAUUGAUUUUACCAAUUUUGUUGACCUUUUCCGCCAAAAAUUUCCCAACUACGCCCAUUUAGAUUUCCACAUUGCUGGAGAAUCUUAUGCUGGCCACUACAUUCCCAAGUUCGCUGCUAGUGUAGUUGAAGCGGGAUUGCCUUUGAAAUCGGUAUUGAUUGGUAAUGGAAUUACAGAUGUCAUAUCACAGUUCAAAGAGGUGGCCAACAUGGGUUGUGGCAAGGGGGGUAUUGGAAAGAUCUACACAGAUGAAGAAUGCGAAUCGUAUGAUACGUAUUACCAGCGAUUUGUGCCUUUUGGGUUACUUUGUUACAACUAUCCUAACCCAGUUACUUGUUUUGUAUCGGUUUUGGCAUCGCCAAACAAACCGGACUCUGGUGACUUGAACCCAUAUGAUUCAAGGAUUAAAUGUGGAGAUAACCCUUUGUGUUACACUCAACUUGAUGAUAUUACAAAUUACUUCAACAACGACAAGGUGCAACUGGCGUUAGGGGUUGACAAGAAUUUUACCGCUUGUAAUGCUGAAGUUGGCAUUACUUUCGUAACAGACCACAACAUGCCUUACCACCAAUACGUGGGGCAAUUAUUGGAAGCUAAUAUCCCCGUAUUGAUCUAUGCGGGUGAUAAGGACUUAGUUUGUGACUGGUUGGGAAACUUGGCGUGGGUUAACGCUUUACAAUAUUCUGGUCAUGAACAGUUCAAUGCUACUGAAUUUAGACCGUGGGUUACGAAGCAAGGACACAAAGCUGGUGAAGUUAAGAACUACAAACAUUUUACGUAUUUGAGAGUAUACGAAUCGGGUCAUAUGGUUCCUUUAGAUCAGCCUGAGAAUGCAUUGGAUAUGGUGAAUCGUUGGAUUAAUGGUGAUUUGGCCUUUAAGUAG